CAGCCGCUCGGGGGCUGGGUGGUGCAUCUCUCUCCUCCACUGCCCUGUCGCUUCCGUGUCCCCCGCGCCCCAGUUUAGAUUUUCACGCCCAACACGGUCCUCAUAUCACACCACACCCCAAUUCCACUGCCAAUUACCGCACAGCCUGAAGCUGGGAAAGGAGCCCGUAUCCCGCCCGGGCCCGCCCUUGCCCAGGGAGGCCCAGGGAGGUUCUCGCCCGCCUUUCCGGCCUCAUCUGCCGCCCUCUCCUGCCUGUCCCCCGGGCACCCUCCGCCACCCCGGCCAUGGCCCAGAAGCCGAAGGUAGACCCCCACGUCGGGCGGCUGGGAUACCUGCAGGCGCUGGUCACGGAGUUCCAGGAGACGGAGAGCCAAGACGCCAAGGAGCAAGUCCUGGCCAACCUCGCCAACUUCGCCUACGACCCCAGCAAUUACCAGUAUCUGCGACAGCUGCAGGUCCUGGACUUAUUCCUCGAUUCGCUGUCGGAGGAGAAUGAGACCCUGGUGGAGUUUGCUAUCGGAGGCCUCUGCAACCUGUGCUCAGACCGGGCCAACAAGGAGCACAUCCUGCAGACGGGGGGCGUCCCGCUCAUCAUCAACUGCCUGUCCAGUCCCAACGAGGAGACGGUGCUGUCCGCGGUCACCACCAUCAUGUACCUGAGCGCGCCAGGCCCCGGCUCCCACCCCGAGCUGACCGCCACGCCCGUGGUCCAGUGCAUGCUGCGCUUCUCGCUCUCGGCCAACACGAGGCUCCGGAACCUGGCCCAGAUCUUCCUGGAGGACUUCUGUUCCCCGAGCCAGGUGGCCGAAGCCCGCCGCCGGCCGGCUCACUCUGCCCUGGGUAUCCCACUGCCAAGGACCGAGGCCCCACAGCAGCCCUGACCCACGGAGACCAGCCCGGAAUCCUGGUGGGGGCUGGGAAGCAGGACAGCAUGGCGCCCACUGCGCGCUUUCUCCCCAGUUGGUGCCCUUGCAGCCAUUUCAAAGGUGAGUUUCCUCAGCCUGACAGGGACUGACACAGGAGGCAGGCGUUAGGAGAGGAGGAUGUGGAGAAGGAAGUCAGAGGCAGUGCCCUCCUCCUGGGCUGUCCUCAGCCAGGGGACCGCCAGGGGCCUGUACUGGCCCACCCCUGCCAGGCUCUCCCUCCUGUGAGGAGCGACCUGGGCCCGAGAGCCAGGGCUUUUGCAGAAGGUGGUUCUCCUGAGAGCAGCUGGGCCCGGGCUUCGGGAAACUGCCCGCACUGGAGGAGGGAGCCAGGCCCCCUUCCCAGAGGGUCUGGAGUCAUUGUGAGGAACAGGAGUGAGGAGCCUUGUUGUUAAAACCAUCUCGAGGCUCUGGGUAGCUGGGCACUGGGCAUAGAGGAUGCUGGCCUAGAGGACUCUGUGGCCCGGGAGUAACCGUUUACCCACACAGGCCUUGCCAGGCUCCGUGGGAGGGCUUCAAGGAUGAAGCCGUGGUCCCUGCCCUUGUGUGACGCAGCCCGAUGACUGUUAACGUGACCAUCGGGCAUUAAGACCCAGGCCCUGAGGGCGAUGACAUCAGAAUACAGGCACAAACCCUUUGAGCUGCGUCUUAUCUCCACACACACACACCUCCCCCCCCCCCAUGGUCCUUGCCCCUGGAAGUGCAUCUCAGGAGGCUUUGGGGGAUGCAGGUAGAGGGGUGCUCAGGGAGACAGAGGACCAGAUACUGACCUAGUGUGUGGCUCGUAGUCCAGUGUAUGCUGGUCAGCACAGGGAAGGGGUGUGGGACACCCAUGGCAGGCUGGGGUUCAGGAGCAGUGGGGAGUCCUGGUCAUCUGUACUCCCUUAAGGUUGACCUCCCACGUGACCAAGGGAAGGCAGCUGCGAGAGGAAUGGCACGGGGGGC